AUGGCAGCUGGAAUCGGUGCUCUGCUGUGGGCAGCCAUUGCCCAGACAGUCCGGCACAUUUUGCUGGAAGAGUGGGAGAGUUUAAUUGGAGGGCCGCAAGAGAAAUUCCAUGUGAUUGUGACGGUGAUCGACGUCGAGAGGCAAGCCGACUGGAGGUCUAGAAUGGUGGAUGGAUGUCUUCUGGACAGAAAUCAACGGAGGUCAGAGGACAAAAUAUCCAGCGGCUUUCCCUCCGAACGAAAGUUCUCGACACGCAGAAGGUCGAUGGGCUGGGCGCAUGGAAGCCAACCAUCGGCUCAGCUCACAGAACUAGAAGGACCAGGAAGAUGGAUGGACGGAGCCCAGCUCCGCCCCACCUCUGUUCCGGAGUUAGCUGAGCCAAGGGACCCCAAGUGGUGGCUGAGCUAUGGCCGGUUGGCAUCGGAGCUCGUGGAAGAUACCUACCACGCCUUCUGCUGGCCUCCUGCUGACCUCCCGACUGUACUCGCGCUGAAAGUAACUGCACGGAUAUCCGGCGACGGCAUCGUCCUGCGAAUUCCCGCCGAAGAAUGCCACUACCCCACAGAUCCACCAGACGAAGCAACGUCCAUGAAUGAUGAUAAGGACAUGCGCAUCCGCCGGCUCGGCUGCCUCGCCUCCGCGGUGUCACUCUGGCAGGAUGCAUCCGUCCUCUUGCGCUCCUGA